AUGAAAAAGUUGGAUGAUUCCAGAAUAAAGGAAAAAGAACUGAAGAAGAAUCUGGAUGAUUCCAGAAUAAAGGAAAAAGAACUAAAGAAGAAUCUGGAUGAUUCCAGAGUAAAGGAAAAAGAACUGAAGAAGAAUCUGGAUGAUUCCAGAGUAAAGGAAAAAGAACUGAAGAAGAAUCUGGAUGAUUCCAGAAUAAAGGAAAAAGAACUGAAGAAGAAUCUGGAUGAUUCCAGAAUAAAGGAAAAAGAAGUGAAGAAGAAUCUGGAUGAUUCCAGAGUAAAGGAAAAAGAACUAAAGAAGAAUCUGGAUGAUUCCAGAAUAAAGGAAAAAGAACUGAAGAAGAAUCUGGAUGAUUCCAGAAUAAAGGAAAAAGAACUGAAGAAGAAUCUGGAUGAUUCCAGAGUAAAGGAAAAAGAACUGAAGAAGAAUCUGGAUGAUUCCAGAAUAAAGGAAAAAGAACUGAAGAAGAAUCUGGAUGAUUCCAGAAUAAAGGAAAAAGAACUGAAGAAGAAUCUGGAUGAUUCCAGAGUAAAGGAAAAAGAACUAAAGAAGAAUCUGGAUGAUUCCAGAAUAAAGGAAAAAGAACUGAAGAAGAAUCUGGAUGAUUCCAGAAUAAAGGAAAAAGAACUGAAGAAGAAUCUGGAUGAUUCCAGAGUAAAGGAAAAAGAACUAAAGAAGGAGUUGGAUGAUUCCAAGGUAAAGGAAAAAGAACUAAAGAAGGAGUUGGAUGAUUCCAGAGUAAAGGAGAGUGAACUAAAGAAGGAGUUGGAUGAUUCCAGAGUAAAGGAGAGUGAACUAAAUAGAGAGUUGUAUGAUUCCAAGGUAAAGGAGAGUGAACUGAAGACAGAGUUGUAUGAUUCCAGAGUAAAGGAAAAAGAACUAAAGAAGGAGUUGGAUGAUUCCAAGGUAAAGGAAAAAGAACUAAAGAAGAAUCUGGAUGAUUCCAGAGUAAAGGAGAGUGAACUAAAGAAGGAGUUGGAUGAUUCCAGAGUAAAGGAGAGUGAACUAAAGAAGGAGUUGGAUGAUUCCAGAGUAAAGGAGAGUGAACUAAAUAGAGAGUUGUAUGAUUCCAAGGUAAAGGAGAGUGAACUGAAGACAGAGUUGUAUGAUUCCAGAGUAAAGGAAAGUAAACUAAAGAAGGAGUUAGAUGCUUCCAGAGUCAAUAAGGCCCUCUUCACCGUGAAGUCGGAGCAGAAUUCCUACGACGCCGAGCUGCACGGUACGGUCCGCAUGGCCUGCAGAUUCUCGCCCGUCCAGAGCGCCUCGCAGAUCUCCGUCAUCUGGCGGCGCAUCGAGCCGUCCCCGCCCGUCAACGUCCAUCAGUUACAGAGUGGCCGGGAGAAACUCGACUCCGUGGACGAGCGGUUCCGCCAUCGUGCCAGGCUACUGACGGACGAGCUGAACAAUCUACGGGCCGUCCUCGAGCUCUCCCAGGUACGGAUCAACGACUCGGGGACGUAUCAGUGCAUCGUCAGAGAGACGGAGACGGAGACGGACUACAAGCAGACCACACUUACGGUUCGAGCACCGUACGCUCCCGUGAGAAAAAGCCUCAGACGGAUCAGCCAGAACGAGGUGGAGCUUUCCUGCGCCUCCCGCGGCUUUCCGUUGGCCCGUGUCCUUUGGAGCGCCGGCAGGCUCGCCGAGCUGCGGUCGACCAUUCGAUCCAACAGCAGCAACGAAACGAACGGCGACGGAACCUUCAGCGUGACCAGCCGACUGAACGUCACGGACGAGCCCGAGAACUACACCUGCUCCUUCAUCACCGAGGAUGGAAGAGUGAACGUGUCGGCUACGUUCAGUAUUCCAGGUGAGAUUCCUAAGGACGGAAGCCUGCUGGGAUCGACGUGCUUGGCGAUCAUCGCUAUCUUUUUGACAGGCGUAGCGGUUUGCUUCCUCACGCUGCUGAUUCGGCGCAGGAAGAAGAAAAGCUUGUGCCAGAAAGGUGCGGACGUUACGCAGAACGAUUGUUUAUCGCCUGAUCAGAAUCUGACCCUCACAUGGACCGAUCUUUUACUUCCGAAAACUGAUUCUAAAGCAGAUACCUUCGUCAUUUCAUCAGAGGUGUAUGAUGGCAGAGUCGAAAACCUGAGGGAGGUGUUGAAGCGGAACUAUGCUCAGCUCAGCACAGCCGCCGACAUGAUGACGCUUCCGGACUCCGUCCUGUCCGGGGACGACCAGCUCUGCGAGACCCAGGCCGUCCUUCCAGGACUGAGGGAAACUGUUCUUCUAGAAGGAGAAGAAGGUCCCAUCAGAUCCUCUAUAUCUCAAACCCUGGCCUUCGUCUGGGCCGGAAGCUUCAGCUCAGACGCCUUCAGAAGCGUCUGUGAUCUCCGCCUGCUUAUUUCGGUCGACCUAAAUAAAGCAGAAGGGGAUUUUUAUCAAGCGGUGAAGUCCAGGCUUCCUACAGAGUCGGGACUGGAGACGAACGAUCUAAAAGAGAUCCUGCUGGGGGACGAGGACUGCUUACUCAUUCUGGACAGCUAUAAGGAAGGAGACGGGGAGCUGGACGAGUCCCUGGGUGAAUUCCUGACAGAACGGAAGACCUGCAGAGUUCUGAUCACGUCACGCCCGGGCGAGAACAGGACUCUGGUGGAGGUGGUCAGGAAAGUACUGAGUCUUCACACGGAGCCUCUGCCGAGCUGAACCUGAUAGUGUUUAAAGUCCUUUUUAUUUCAUUCUGCACUCAAACCUGCAAGUCUCGUCAGGCGAGGAACUGGAAAACGCCAUGAACGUUUCUUAAGGUGGACUGGAGAUGGACAAAACAUCCACACAACUGUGUGUUUACCAGCUUUGUUAAUGUGAGUGAUUAGGACUGUGUUUGCACUAUUGAUGCCCUGUCCAUCGACCAGGAGGAUGCUUUUAUUAUAAUAUCCAUAAGUAAUAACCCAAUUAACAGAAAAUCUUUCUAUAAUAUUGGCGAAAAUGUCUUUAAAACGUUUCUUCCAGCACUCGGGGGGCACAGCGAUCUUCUGCGCUAGCUCACCACCAUUUAGAUCUCAAGGGGAACCGGAUGGUCAGACUGGUUCUUCAUUGCCGCUGCAAUUACGAGAGAUUUGUAAUCUGGUAGCGCAUGGCAGUAUAUUUAUAGAUUAGGUGAAGUGGUACCUGGGCUGGUUAUCAGAGGGUUCGAGCCUCACCACAGCCAAGUUGCCACUGUUGGACCCCUGAGCAAGGUCCUUAAAUUGUAUUCAGUCAUACAUUCACUCGUAAGUUGCGUUAAAUAAAAGCGUCUGCUAAAUGUCGUAAAUGUGGAAUGUACAGUGGAUUCAGAAUUCAGAAAGUAUUCAGACCCUUGAUCUUUUGCGCACUUUAUUGUUUUGUAGAUUUAAUAUUUAAGGGAAAUAACAUGCUAUUGUUUUAAACUCGUAUUCAGGGAUGUAUUCAAGCAUUUACUGCUGCUAGUCCUCUUGUAAACGUCUCUGCAAGCUUUGCAGCCUGGGUUUGGCCGGUUUAGCUCAUUUUUUCAUGACGGAUCCUCUCGAGAUUUGUCAGAUUGGAAAUUGAGCGUCUGUGAUGUUCCAUUUUCAGUUCAAAGUGUCUUCUGUAGACCUGGAUGUAAACAUGAAUGUAAAAGCGAGCAAGUGUACCUGUAUUAAAAGUUUAUUUUUAUAAAAGCUGUAGUUUUAAGUUGAUUUAUGAAAUGCUUCUAGAAUGAUGGGAACCUUUAGCUCAUCUCACACUAAAAGUGAAAGUAAAACCUGACAGAAAAAGCUGGUUUUUUUAUAAAACCACAUCCCAGUUAUUGGCAGCCCUGAAUUUAGCAACUUCCCUCUGUCGGGUUUGGAACAAACUCAAGAUUCACUGAUGGUUUUGCACUGUAAAAUCUCUAUAAAAGCUUUUCAUACGGCACUUUUCAUAACAGCAUAAAGGAAUGUUUCAUUGUAAAGAAUAUGAAAUGAAAUAAAUUACAUU